UCAUUUAUUGCCAUAUUCCAAACGCCUGUUUCUUUUAUCUGUUAACAGCUCUCUUCGUUUUAACUUACACUUCUUCUUUCUUUUUUUUUUCCUUCUGUUGGGUCCUUGAUUAAUCGUGUUCCUAUCCUAUCUUCACUGUUUCCAAAAUCUGAUUUUAAUCUUAUCCCGAGGAUUUCGGAUUUGUUUUGAUUUAGAGGCCUAAAACAGCUUCACUAUUUAUAAUCUUUGGAUAAGUUUGAUUUUUCUUUUAUUAGAGUGCAAAAAAGUUAUAUUCUGUUAAAAGAUUUUUGUUUUUGGAUAAUGGAGGUGUCGGUGAUCGGUAGUUCUCAGGCAACCGCGAUUUGUAGCAGCAGAAGUGAAUUAGCUUGCAAAGAGCUCAGGUUUUAUGUUCCUCGGAGAGACAAUAGUGUUUGUUUCUUUGAUUCAUCUAAUACUACUAGGUUUAGAAAAUCUUCUCUUCGGUUUAUUUUAAACGCUGUCCAAACAGAACCUCUCCGGUCAGACAGCAGCAACAACAACCCCUUUGGUGGUCGUCGUGUCUCUUCUUCAAGUCGUUCCAAUUUGGUAGAUGUUGUGAGAUUAUUCGUUGGGCUGCCAUUAGACGCAGUUUCUAAUUGCAAUACGAUUAACCAUGGGAGAGCAAUUGCAGCAGGACUUAAGGCUUUGAAAUUAUUAGGGGUUGAAGGUGUGGAGAUGCCCGUGUGGUGGGGAGUAGCUGAGAAGGAAGCAAUGGGGAAGUACGAUUGGUCAGGUUACCUUGCUCUUGCAGAGAUGGUUCAGAGUGCAGGUCUUAAGCUCCACGUGUCACUCUGCUUCCAUGCUAGUAAACAACCUAAGAUCCCACUCCCUGAUUGGGUGUCUCGAAUUGGUGAGUCAGAACCUGGUAUUUUCUAUACGGACAGGUCAGGGAGUCAUUACAGGGAGUGCUUGUCUUUGGCUGUUGAUGAUCUUCCUGUUCUUGAUGGGAAAUCACCAAUCCAAGUUUAUAAGGAAUUUUGUGAGAGCUUCAAAUCUUCAUUCUCUCAGUUCAUGGAUUCGACAGUCACGGGCAUCACAGUGGGUCUUGGACCAAAUGGUGAGCUACGGUAUCCGUCUGAUCAUCGGUCAGCCAGAAGUAGCAAAAUCCUUGGAGUAGGAGAGUUCCAAUGUUACGACAAUAAUAUGCUUAACCUUCUUAAGAAGCAUGCUGAGGCAACUGGAGAUCCUCUAUGGGGUUGUGGUGGUCCUCAUGAUGUGCCUAGUUAUGACCAGUUGCCAAACUCAAACAACUUCUUCAAGGACAAUGGAGGAUCAUGGGAGUCUCCAUAUGGUAAUUUCUUCCUUUCCUGGUAUGCAGGCCAGCUCUUGACUCAUGGAGAUAGGAUUCUUUCCACUGCCUCUGCUGCUUUUGGUGAAACUAAUGUGGCAAUUUAUGGUAAAAUCCCUCUUGUGCACUCUUGGUACAAAACCCGCACUCACCCUGCUGAGCUGACGGCUGGAUUCUACAACACAGUCGAUAGAGAUGGCUAUGAUGCAAUUGCGGAGAUGUUUGCAAGGAAUUCAUGCAAAAUGAUCUUACCAGGGAUGGAUCUGUUGGAUGAGCAUCAGCCACAGCAAUCCCUGUCAAGCCCAGAGCUGUUACUUGCGCAAAUUAGAACAGCUUGCAGAAAGCAUGGGGUUGAAGUUUCUGGGCAGAACUCAUUGGUUUCUAAAACUCCCGAUCACUUUGAGCGGAUAAAGAAAAAUGUAUCAGGAGAAAAUGUGGUGGACUUGUUCACGUAUCAAAGAAUGGGAGCUGAAUUUUUCUCACCAGAGCAUUUUCCUUCUUUCACUAACUUUGUCAGAAGGCUUAAUGAACAAGAAACGCUGCAUGCGGAUGAUCUUCCCGAGGAAGAAGCAGCAGCAGCUGAAUCUCUGCAAACAAGUUCAGAGUCGAGCAUUCAAAUGCAAGCAGCUUAGUCAGCAUGUAGUGGAGAUGUGUAUGUAAAUAUGAAGAAAUUAUUUGAACUGAUUAUUGUAUCAGAACAGAUUGUACUAUGCAAAGCAUAUCAUAGAGUAGUUGUAAUUAUGAAAUUUUUUGCUUAAUAAUAAGACAUUCUCCCAAAAA